AUGGCCCUCUGCAGCCGACGCCAAGACCCAGACAAGCGUCGAGACGGUCUCGUCCGCUCCGAGGAUCCCGCAACCCAGCAAUUAGAGGAGACGCACAACUACGCGCAGGGACUGCAAUUGCUUCUGAUCUGCAUAUCGCUCUGCCUCUGUGUGUUUCUGGUUGGACUGGAUGCAACGAUUCUGACCACGGCCAUCCCCAGCAUCACCGAUGAAUUCGGCUCAGUGGACGACGUUGGCUGGUACGAUGCUGCCUUCCGGCUCACCUCGUGCAUGUCCCAGCUCUCCCAGGGGAAGCUCUACGACAACUACGCGAUCAAAUGGGUGUUCCUCGUGAAUAUGGUCAUCUUUGAGGCCGGGAUUCUGGUGUCUGGGGUUGCGUCCAGCUCGCUGGUCUUCAUCAUCGGACGAGCCAUCACCGGGCUCGGCUUCUCGGGCAUCAGCCAGGGGUGUAUGGUCAUCGUCGCCAUGUCCACCCCGCUCCAAAAACGAGCCGCCUACCUCGGCGUAAUCAGUGCCAGCGAGUACACCGCAAUGGCCACGGCGCCCAUCAUUGGGGGCGCGUUGACCUCCGCCCUCUCCUGGCGAUGGUGUUUCUACAUCAACCUCCCAACCGCGGCUGCACCGGCCGCCAUGCUCCUGCUACUCACGCUCCCCCAGAUGCCCUCGGGCCCUCGAAAAUCGCAGAUCGAGCGCCUCCGCGAACUCGACCUCCUAGGGUGCUUCUUCUUUGCCCCCGCCAUCCUUUGUCUCCUCCUCGCCUUGCAAUGGGGCGGAGAGACGUACAGCUGGAAUAGCGCGCGGAUCAUCGCGCUCCUCGUGCUCGCACCCAUCGCCUUCGCGGUCUUCUGCUUCAUCCAGCACUGGAAGCAGGACAGCGCAAUGCUGCCGCCACGGAUCCUCAAGCAACGCGUCAUCCUCGCGGGGGCCCUCUUCAGUCUCUCGCUCUCGGCGUGUCGCGCGAUCGUGCAAUACUAUCUUGCGAUAUGGUUCCAGACGGUCCGGGGAGCCACAGCUCUGCAGUCGGGUAUCUACACCCUCCCCUUGGUGAUUGCUGUCCUCGUGUCGGCGAUGGCAGCGGGCCGCUUCAUGUCAAUGACGGGGAUCUACACCCCGAUCAUGAUCCCGGCGGGCCUGCUGGUGGUGGGCGGGGUGGCCAUGAUGACGCGCUUCUCGCCGACCACGCCCACGGGGCUGUGGAUUGCGUCGUUGAUUCUGCUGGGGAUCGGGUCGGGCAGCAGCGUAUCCAUCCCGUUCAUCGCGGCGCAGGCGGUGCUGGGCCUCGGCGACCUCUCCGCCGGCAUGGCCCUGAUGACCUUCUCGCAGGAUCUGGGCGAGGCCGUCUUCAUCAGCAUCGCGCAGGCGGUCUUCCUGACCCGCCUCACGGGCGCCCUGCAGGCCACGGCCCCAGAUCUCGACCCGCAACGCGUGAUCCAUCUGGGCGCCACCGAUCUGCAGGGCAAGGUCCCCGCGCAGGACGUCGCCGCCGUCGCCCUCUCGUAUGACCUCGCCGUGCGCUCGACCUUCUACUUGGCGGUUGCGUUGGCGGGGCUGCUGGUCCUCGCCGCCGUGCCCCUUCAGAUGACGACGCUGAUGGGCGGAAGAAGGUCGAGCAGUUAG